ACUUUGCAGCCCACAUUCACUUCUUCCCCUCCAGGGAUGGCUCUGAGCUCUCGAGCGCACGCCUUCUCGGUGGAGGCCUUGAUGGGGAGACCCAGCAAAAGAAAAUCUCAAGACUCAAGAGAGGAGAUGCAGCCUGAACUGCAGGAAGAGCAGCGCACACAAAAAGAGGAGGAAGAGGUACCCAGCGGUGCUUCUGGGGACUGUGAGCAGCCGGAAAAGCGACUCAAGGCGGAAUCUUCAAAAACUGCUUUUUCCUCCUGCUCUGGCGGCGAGAGCAUCGGCCAAGAAAGUCUGCACGAAAAAAACUUUAUCCAAGUGGAGCUUCAGGGAUCUGACCUAUGGAAAAGAUUCCACGACAUCGGGACUGAGAUGAUCAUUACCAAGGCUGGCAGGCGUAUGUUUCCUUCUGUUCGGAUCAAGGUGAAAGGGCUGGAGCCAGUGAAGCAAUACUAUGUGAUUUUGGAUGUGGUACCAGUGGAUUCCAAACGUUAUAGGUAUGUGUAUCACAGCUCACAGUGGAUGGUAGCUGGGAAUACUGACCAUUCGUGCAUUACUCCCAGAUUCUAUAUCCACCCAGACUCCCCUUGCUCAGGAGAAACCUGGAUGCGUCAAAUCAUCUCCUUUGAUCGAGUGAAACUCACCAAUAAUGAGAUGGAUGACAAGGGCCAUAUCAUUCUGCAGUCCAUGCAUAAGUACAAACCCCGUGUGCACGUGAUGGAGCAGGACAGCAGGAUUGACCUGACUCUGAUUCAGUCCCUUCCUACUGAAGGAAUUAAAACAUUCUCCUUUAAAGAAACUGAAUUCACUACUGUGACAGCUUACCAAAACCAGCAGAUUACCAAACUGAAAAUAGACAGGAAUCCUUUUGCCAAAGGAUUUAGAGAUCCUGGGAGAAACAGGGGUGUAUUGGAUGGGUUUUUAGAGACCUACCCAUGGAGGCCUUCUUUCACUAUGGAUUUAAAAACCUUUGUUGCAGAUACACAAAGUGGAAGCAGUGGCUCAUCUCCAGUGACCUCUAGUGGAGGAGCUCCCUCUCCUUUGAACACCUUACUUUCUCCAUCUUGUUCUCCACCUACACCUUCCCUUCACAUUCCUCCAAGCUCUCUUGGAACGACAUAUCCAGAGGCAUACCUGCACAAUGUAAACCUGCCCUUCUGCUACAAGAUUUGUCCAACUAAUUUUUGGCGACCACAACCUCUUGUCUUACCUACUCCUGAAAGGGUACCAAGCUUCAACAGUUCUCAGUCUUUGCCCCCAAUCAUGAUGGAAGUGCCCAUGGUAUCCUCCAGGGGCAUCAUCAAUUCCAACACUGGCUUACAUGAAAACUGCAAUGGGCAGUGUCUACAGGCAUCUCAUUCUGCCAAUCAAAUGUUAUAUGGAUUACAGAAUCCUGGAAAUAUUUUCCAGCCAAACUCCAUUGCCCAAGAAACACUCAGUUGCCCUUUUCAUCCUUCCCAUGGCUGUUAUAGGUACAACUUAUCCAUGCCAUCUAGACUCGAAAAUGCUACCAAACAUCUCAGUGAAAAUGACAACAAUCAGAUCUCUUUUAAAGAAGGCAGAUGUGAUCAUUCCCAUUGGUAUCCAGCAGUCAACCAUUGCCUUUAAUGGGACAACAAUCACAUUUUAAGCAUGUGAUUACAUUACAUGUAAGCACCUAUUUUCUUUAUUUUUAACAAA